ACAACCAGAUGUUCCAAUAUUUCAUUACAGUUGUGCCAACAAAGCUACACACAUACAAGAUUUCAGCCGACACCCAUCAGUUCUCUGUGACAGAGAGGGAACGCAUCAUUAACCAUGCUGCAGGCAGCCAUGGAGUCUCUGGAAUAUUUAUGAAAUAUGAUCUCAGUUCUCUCAUGGUGACAGUCACUGAGGAACACAUGCCUUUCUGGCAGUUUUUUGUAAGACUCUGUGGAAUUAUUGGAGGAAUCUUUUCAACAACAGGCAUGUUACAUGGAAUUGGAAAAUUUAUAGUGGAAAUAAUUUGCUGUCGGUUCAGACUUGGAUCCUACAAGCCCGUCCAUUCUAUCCCCUUUGAAGAUGGCCACACAGACAACCACUUACCUCUUUUAGAAAAUAAUACACAUUAGUACCUCCUGGGUGGAGAAAAACUUUUUGCCUGAAACAAAAAUUUUUUCUAAUAAUAAAAUGUGCAAUAUAUUCAAAGAAAAGAAAAUAUGAGAACCUGGAAACACACUUAUUUAAAAAAAAAAAAAGAAGAAGAAGAAAAGAAGAAGAAGAAAGGAAAAAAAAA